AUAGUUUCCAAAUACAUGCCUUGCUAAUGGCUAGGUGUUUUGCAUAGAUUUCGCUUUGGCUGUCUAUAAGGUCAAACUAAACCUGUGCGAGGUGCUUUGAUGAUAGGCUAAGGUAUCGCAAAAUGGGUCUUUAUAUAAGGAUUUGUUUUGACUAAGAUUUGUUUUUUAUGUGUUUAAAUAGGAGUAUAGUAUAUUAUCACAUAGUUCAAAGCAGUUAUCAUUACUUUUAUGUAUUUGCUCAUCAAUAAAAGGUAUAAAUGUUCUUUUUUUAAUUGAAUUUCUCUAAAUAAUUUUGUUAAGCUCUUUAGUCUGUAAUAAAUUUUGUGAAGAAUUCAAUUUCUUUGGUUAUUUUGUUAAUGUUAAAUAUUUUAUUUAACACAGGCUUUACUAAACCUUUUGUUGUAAAGUUUUCAAUAAAACCACAUAUCAAACCAUAAAAUUGUUUACAUGGCGCUGAUUUCAGUUGUAGAUACAGGUACUUUAGAUAUGGCUUUGCUAUCUGCACCAGGCAUAUACAAUUAAAAACAACAUGUUUUGGUAAUGUUACGCUUAGAUUCGCGGUACUACAAUGUUUUGCAAACAAUUGACAUAAGCACCAUACACAGGGUCAUAUACAUGUUCAUACACAUGUCCUGCCCGAUAGUGUCCAUCGAUGGGAGCUUUAUCGUUACCACGGGACGCCGCGUUCCCAAAGAUAUUGGCCCUCAGCCAUGACAGAAACUGGUAUCCAGCAACCUCACUCGAGUUUCACUUUCCGCACGCCAUGGGUUACUGGUCGGAGACUCGGGCCUGGCUCUUCCGUGAUCCAGCCAAGCUCAUCCGCUACCUGGUGCUCUUCGCCUGCUGCAUUGUGGUCAUCGUCCAGCUUUACGAGUGCUUCUCCAAGCUCUACAACCCGCCCAUCUCCACUCAUUCCUACUACAGCCUAAACGAAACCAUUGAAAUGCCGGCGGUCACCAUAUGCCGAGAACCACCCUAUAAGGAGGAGGUCCUAACAAGACUUUCCGGUGGUGGCUGUCCUCAUCCAAAGUAUGCAACCUGCUGGAUGAACUAUCCCUUUGGGGAGAUUUCCCUGGAAGAGUUUUUUGAAAAUAGCACACAUAAUAUGGGCGACACUUUUGUAUUUUACGGUCUAAACGAAGAUCCAAAUAAUGUGGAAAUGAACACCAGUUUACACUUUUACAUGGGUCGGUGCUACACCCUUCGUCCCAAGGAACCCGCCAAAAGAGUAUCGAAAGCAGUAGGUUACUCCCUAAUGCUGGAACAUUCCAUGACGGCCACUUCCACCAGCGAUGUGGAUACAGGUGCAGUCGGCUGGCAUGUUUUUAUACACGAUAAAAAAGAGAAUUUUACAGAAGUCAACAUGAAGGGUUCUGGGCGUGUGGAGUAUGUUUUUGUGGGUGUCAAUGAGGAAAUAGAGAUUAAACUGCAAACCCAAUACUUCUCUAAUGUCCAGACCCGGGAAGAGGCUUGUUCCAAUGACGAAAAUUACAGUGACUUAAAGUGCGGUGAGCAGUGCAUCUGGCAGGAUUUAUCUGAUAAUAUGCAGUGUUCUGGACCCUGGAUGCACGACAUUGCGAAUGAACCUUGUAACGAUUCUGUUUCGAUGAGGAAAUUAAUUUCGGAUUAUAAGGAUGUAUACGAAAACGAGGAUGACUUUGACUGCGACUGCAUUCAGCCUUGCCAAUCGAGGAUCUACACCACCUUCAUACAGAACCGCAAGGCUUUCAAGCAACCAGAGCCCCGCACCCAAAUCUAUAUAUACUACACAACCAAACUGAUAUCGAUGAUUGAAGAGCGUCCCAGCUAUGAUACCACCCAAUUUAUAGCGGAUGUGGGUGGUUCCCUUGGUUUUCUGCUGGGUCUGUCUGUAUUGGGAUUGAUUGGAAUACUAGAACACAUGACACUCUUUUUCUGUGGCGGAUUCAUUAAGAGGAUGCAGCAGAAGGAGCAGGACAAAUUGGCCGCCAGUUCCGAGGAUGGUCAGUCCCAAACCAGCGAUGAAACCAUCGAUAUAGCCAUUGCUUAUAAAAAAAAGGAGAAAAAGGAAACGAAGUAUUGAGUCAAGAACCA